AUGGUGACAUCGUGGAUUCUCAACUCACUUUCAAAGGAUUUGGCAGAUAGCUUACAGUAUGUGGUCGAUGCAAAAGAAUUGUGGCAGGAACUGGAGGAUAGGUACGAUCAGACGAAUGGAGCGAAAUUGUACCAGCUUGAAAGGAAAAUUAACGACCUAAGUCAGGGAACCCUAGACAUUACAGGAUAUUAUACAAAAAUGAAGAAGCUUUGGGAAGAGUUAAACACAUUAAAUGCACAUGCACAAUGUAAGUGCCAGUGUACUUGUGAUGCCAAGGCAAAUAUGCACAAGGCUGAACAAGACAUAAGGCUAAUUAGGCUUCUAAUGGGUUUAAACGAGGUCUACACAGUUGUGAGAGGAAGCAUUUUGAUGAUGAAUCUGUUGCCCAGUGUUGCACAAGCCUUUUCUAUCCUAAUCCAGGAAGAAAAACAAAGGGAAGUUAGGCCAAGCAACCAUCUGAUGAUGGAGACUGCUUCAAUGAAUGUCAGUGGUCUUGCAAGUCCAGCUUUUAGGACAAAUUAUGCUCAACAGAGGAACACUAUAGGAAACAACUCAUACAGAGGCAGUUAUCCAUCCAAUAGGUCACGCCUGUUUUGCGACAACUGCAAGAAGCAAGGACACACUAAAGAUAAAUGCUACAAACUACACGAAUUUUCCCAGGACUUCAAAUUCACUAAAGGAAAAAGUGUGGCAUCUGCUGCAAGUGUGCAUGGAGGACCUAGAGGGAUAGUUCCUGGAGGAUGCAGUGAAGUUGGUGCUGGAAAUCAAAGCAUGGGGAUUCAAAACCUGACAAAGGAGCAAUAUAAUCAGUUACUGCAUCUGUUGGAGAACUUCCAUGGUGGAAAUGCAGUUGAAGUCUCAAAUAACAUCACUAGUGGGGCAGCAAACUUUGCAGGUAUAUUGGCUUGCUCUACUCGUAAAGAAAUUAUUGGUAAUCUUUCAUGUAAAUGCUUCAAAUCAUCUGCUGAAUAUUGGAUUUUAGAUUCUGGAGCUUCUAAUCAUAUGUCCUAUAACAAAGCCCUAUUAACCAACAUUAGAAUUCUACCGUAUCCUUUCCCAGUAACCUUACCAAAUGGAUACAAAGUUAGAGUGACAGAAAUUGGUGAUGCAGUCCUUAGCCCUAAGCUGACUUCACACAAAGUGUUGUUUGUUCCUAGUUUUAAGUUCAAUUUGAUCUCAGUUCAUUGUUUAACAUCAUACCUUCAGUCAGUUGUCCAAUUUUCUGAUAUUUCAUGCAUUUUACAGGCCCCUUUAAUGAAGAGGCCUCUGGAGAUUGGUAGAGCAAGGAAUGGUCUGUACUUCCUCUGCUCAAAAUGCCAGUUCCUUGGUUCAGCUACUGUCCCCACUUAUCUCAUUUCAAAUUCAUGUUCUGCUUCUACUAGCAAUUCAAAAAACAAUGCACAACCACAUAAAUCACUCACUAUAAAUAAUGACAACUUAGAAACUUGUCCUGUUAAUUGUCUUUCAUCAUCAUCUGUAAAUGUUCCACUUUCAAGCAAUAAGAAAGUGUCUUUUGAUCACACUUCUCUUCCUUGUGUUUUGCCAUCUUUUCAUUCUGAUCUUGCGUGCGAAGGUCAUAGAAAUGAUGCCUUGAGUAAUAGUCAGUCACCAACUGGGACUUCACCAAAUUUUGUCACCAACACUUCUUUACCAGGUGAUCAAGAUAUUUCCUCACUAGUUGAUCAAAGCAACCAUUCACCUAUUGAUGCAGGUGUUUAUGAAAAUUCACCUAUCCUUUCAAAUACUUCAGACCAACAUACCACUGACACUUCCUCAUUCCCAAGUCCUACACGACCAUCCAGAACAGUCAAAACACCAAGCUACCUAAGUGAAUAUGUGUAUUCCCUUCCAAAUCCAAAGAACAAUACAUCACACACUGUCUUGCUCAAUUUUCCCCUUUCAGAUCAUCAACAUAUUUGUUUUACUGCUCUAAACAAGGAUAGUCAGCAUAUGAUGAGAAACAUUACUCAUGAAUCUAAGCCAUGUUCUUAUGAGGAAGCAGCCUUAAACCCUGCAUGGCAAGCAGCCAUGACACAAGAAUUUGAGGCUUUGUAUGCUAACCACAAAUAG